AUGAGGACCCGGGUCCGCGGACACCCGAACGUGGUCGACUUGGUGGGGAUUUGCGGCCCCUCUUCGGUGUCCGAGUACUUUGCUGUCCGCCUUGAUGACCUCGUCUUGAAGGCAGGGGCGCAACCGUUGCCCAUUCUCACCGUGGUGUCCAUGGCUCUGGAUGCCGCUCGAGGGCUGCAGGCCCUCCACGAGGCCCCAGGGGGAGCCAUCGUCCACUUCGACAUGAAGCCGCAACAGCUCAUGGUGGACGAUCAAGGGAGGCUCAAGAUCAACGACCUCAACAUGUGCAGCUUCACCGACGCUGACGCGGACGGGAACACGUGUCCCUACGAAAGCACUGCGUCGAGAGUAGGUCCAUGGCGCUCCCCUGAAAAUAUUGCCGGAGAGAAUCUGAACGAAAAGCUGGACAUCUACAGCUUGGCCAUGGUGUUCUACUCGAUGCUGGCGCUGCACCCCCCGUACCAGGGCGUGCGGAACGCUAGUGGCAACAUCAAGGACGGAAUUCCGCCGCCGACGGAUCCCUCGUGGCACCCGGGUUUCCUAGAUAUCGUUCGGGACAUGUGGCAGCGAGACCCAAACGCGCGACCGUCGGCAAGACGAGUUGUCCAGCGACUCGAGUUUUUGCGAGAUCAUCUAGUGACUCAGGCGACGAGUUGA